UUAUAUAUAUGAAGAGAGGAGAGGAGACAAUCUGUCUCCUCUCUCACACAAAUAAUUUUCAAGGGUGGUGGUGGCGGUGUUGUCUGUCUUGGUUUACCCAAGAUCAGAUCACUAAUGGGCGGCUGCAGCUUCCUCCUUCCUACAAUCUUUCUCAUUAUUUUCACUUUUUCAGGUUCAGUGGUGCAAAUCCUUGGCCUGGGAGUAGGAAUCAAUUAUGGUCAGAUAGCAAACAAUCUUCCGUCUCCCUCUCGAGUGUCAGUUCUUUUAAGAUCCCUCAACAUAAGAAGAGUGAAAUUAUACGAUGCAGAUCCAAAUGUCCUUCUCGCAUUCUCAAAUACACAAGUAGAGUUUAUAAUUGGACUCGGAAAUGAGUACCUGGAGAACAUGACUGAUCCAAUCAAGGCUCAAAAUUGGGUUCAACAAAGUUUACAGCCUCACAUCCCUCAAACGAGAAUAGCUUGCAUCACCGUUGGAAAUGAAGUAUUCAAAGACAAUGACACCCGGCUCUAUUCAUUUCUCCUCCCGGCAAUGCAAACCGUGUAUAAGACCCUCGUUGAUCUUGGACUCGACAAACAAGUGAUCGUCACGAGCGCUCACUCACUCGACAUCUUGGCUAAUUCUUUCCCUCCUUCGGCUGGAAGCUUCAGGCCCGAUCUCGCUGAAUACAUCCAACCCCUUCUCAGUUUUCAUGCUCAAGUGAAAUCUCCUUUCUUGAUCAAUGCAUAUCCCUAUUUUGCAUACAAGGGUAGCCCCAACGAGGUCUCCCUAGAUUAUGUGCUCUUUCAGCCUAACCAAGGGAUGAUAGAUCCCAACACUAAUUUGAACUAUGACAACAUGUUAUAUGCUCAAGUUGAUGCUGUUUAUUCAGCCAUUAAAGCAAUGGGACAUACAGAUAUCGAAGUCAGGGUUUCCGAGACAGGGUGGCCAUCGAACGGAGAUGAAGAUGAGGCCGGAGCUACCAUAGAAAAUGCAGGACUUUAUAAUGGUAAUUUGUUGAAGAGGAUUGACCAGAAGCAAGGUACACCUGCAAAGCCAUCAGUCCCCAUUGAUAUAUACGUUUUUGCACUUUUUAACGAGAAUUUAAAGCCGGGUCCUGCAUCGGAGAGGAACUAUGGGCUGUAUUAUCCUGAUGGUAGGCCAGUUUAUAACAUUGGAUUGCAGGGUUAUCUUCCAGUUCCAGAUCAGAUGGCUUCUGCUUCCAAGAUUAAUGUUUUUCCUGUCUUCGGUCUUCUGAUCUAUGUCAUAGCAUGGUUACUUUUACUGUAAAAGCUUCUGAAUUUGUCAACUGAGGGAGAUAGAGUUAAAGCAAAAACAACAUAGUUAAUUCCUAGUGAUCUUUCAUAUACCAGAGAAGAAAUUUUAGAGGUAAGAUAUUAUAAAUUCAACUCCUAUUUGUCAGAUCAGUAACACAAAAUUCUGAACCAGAAUACAAAUUCCUAUUAUUCUUUCGUAUACACACUGACAAAUGUUAAUUAAUAAAAUCCCUGGAGAACCACACAUUCAAAUUCGGAGGCACUUUUCAUCUAUAAAAUGUAUUUUGCAAUUGGGCCGUCAGAUCCUGCAGAUUGUCAUUAGAUUCUUAUCUGACAUUUAGGCAUUACACGGCUGAGAUUUUGGGGAAUCAUUUCAUAGUACCAAACUUGUCCAUUUUUAACUUGUUACAUGCAUCAAGUAAAUAAUGCUUAAUUUCAUAUUAAACUCAGAAAUUUAUAUUUAAAUCUUAAAACUUUUUUGAAUUGUUUACUAAAGAUAUGAAAAGGGGUCUCUCUCUUUCUUAUGUCCACUGCAAUCAUGCAUG